AAAAAAAAAAGAAAAAACAGAAACACAUAAACAAAUAAAAAUGAAAAUUAAAAUAUUUCCGCUGACAGCGGAUGCAACGUUGGCGCAGCGCCGGCGCCGCGUAAUGAAACUGCAGCGGAAACAUAAAAUGCCGGAAAUAUGCUCAUGGCUAAUUGUUGCCGCUGCCGCCGCCUCGGCCACUUGGCUGACCCUCUCCCGGUCCCUGGCCGCCGCCCAGGAUGACGACGACAGCGAAAUGCAUCAGCAUCACAUGGAUCUGUUGCACCAUCAGCAACAGCACUCGGAUUUCAUUAUUGGCGAAUCCGAGGAACGGGAUCACAUAGCACAUCAUUUGGCGGAAAUGCAAAAUCACGAGGAGCUGUUGGAAGACAUACGCGAGGACACGGUCGUCAAUGUAAUACCAGAGAAAGAUCUGCCCAAGUUUGGAGAACUCCUGCAGAAUGUCACCGUGCCGGUCGGCCGAGAGGCUGUGCUCCAAUGCGUUGUCGACAAUCUGCAAACGUACAAGAUUGCGUGGCUACGUGUCGAUACACAAACGAUUUUAACGAUACAAAAUCACGUCAUAACCAAAAAUCAUCGCAUGAGCAUUACUCAUGCCGAGAAACGUGCUUGGAUAUUGCGUAUACGUGAUGUUAAGGAGUCCGACAAAGGAUGGUACAUGUGCCAAAUAAACACGGAUCCGAUGAAAAGUCAAGUCGGCUAUUUGGAUGUUGUCGUGCCGCCAGACAUACUGGACUAUCCCACCAGCACCGAUAUGGUCAUACGCGAGGGCUCAAACGUAACCCUAAAAUGUGCUGCAACCGGUUCGCCAACGCCGACGAUAACCUGGCGACGCGAAGGUGGCGAACUGAUACCCCUGCCCAAUGGAGCCGAGGCCAUCGCAUACAAUGGCUCGUUUCUGACCAUUGGCAAAGUGAAUCGCUUGAAUAUGGGCGCCUAUCUCUGCAUUGCCUCCAAUGGCAUCCCGCCAACAGUCAGCAAACGUGUCAUGCUCAUUGUGCAUUUUCCGCCCAUGAUUUGGAUACAGAAUCAAUUAGUUGGCGCUGCUUUGGCACAAAAUAUUUCACUGGAAUGCCAAUCGGAAGCGUAUCCCAAGUCCAUUAAUUAUUGGAUGAAGAAUGAUACAAUUAUCGUGCCGGGUGAACGCUUUGUGCCGGAAACGUUUGAAUCGGGUUAUAAAAUAACCAUGCGUCUAACCAUCUACGACGUUGACAUUUCAGACUUUGGAGCCUAUCGCUGUGUGGCCAAGAACUCGCUGGGCGACACAGAUGGUGCGAUCAAGCUGUAUCACAUUCCACAAACAACAACAAUAACAACUAUGGCACCAACUGUUUCGAUUAACACGGUGCCCGUUGUUAUAGUCAAGUACAACAAGGAGCAACGUUAUAGCAGCAACAGCAAUGCGAACAGCAAUAAUCCCUACAAUCACAACAAUCAGCUGGGCAACAACAAAUCGCAGCGGACCAAGGCCAAGUCCUUGGAUCAGCCGCCGCCGGCCACACUGAACAAUGUUUACAUGGGCGCCACGUCGAGCUUGUGGAACACACAGGAUCAUCACUCGCCGGGCACACAGCGUGGCCGAGAUCAUCAUCAGCAGCAGCAGCAUCUUGUGCCCGAUAACAGCGCCACCUAUCGGGCGGAUGGCAAGAACAACCCGCUGAAACAUGAUGCCAAAUCGCUGACCGAUGAAAUGGAUCGCAUGCAGGACCUCAAGGGCUGGGCUGCUGCUGGGCCACUCUACAACAGCCGCAGAUCCACCAAAUUGUUAACCCUAGUCCUCGCUGUCUACCUGGGGGCGUGGCAGGCCUAAAAAUGUGUAGCAAACUUUAAGUGUAAUUUGUACAAAAGCAACAAAAA